AUGGUCGACCUCGACUCCGUGUCCACCACCCAGAAGAUGCGCCAGGAAAUCCACAUGCUCAUCCACCAGGACAAGAACUACGACGCGUUGGCGAAGCUUUUGCUCGAUAAUCACGCCAAACUCGUUGAGAUCCUCGGUCCCGAGGGCAUCACUAAGGCCGUGCGCUACCUCGUCGACCACUCGGUGGAAAUGCUCCAGCGGUACGCUCUGGAGCUGGUGAAGCUAGAUAACGUCAAGGGCAAGGACGGCCGGCCGCGGGCGAAACCGGGAACCCUCCGCUUCGCCCAGUUCCACGAGGCGCUGUACUUUGCCCGUACGGUGCGGGAAAUCUACCUGAGACUCCUCCAACCGGAUGUGGGGGCUCUGGGCGCUCGCUACCACAUUUACGGCGAUAAACUGAAGGGACUCAGCGGCUCGUUCCAGUUGAGUCCUCGCGAUUUCGAAAAUCUUAUCAUCUUGGAGAAACGGUGGAAUAAGCGCGAUUUGUGUGAUUACUUGUUCACUCAGUUCGACCGGACGUUGGGUGCUGAGGCGAUGACCUACCCGUUAUGGGUGGCUAAGCUCCAGCUUUAUUGUGGCGGUGAUUCGCGGAUGUGGCCAUCGCAAUCAGAGUUCUACCCCGCCGUGGCUGAUGCUCCCAUAUUAUGGUCAUUUUUCAAAGCUGAACACAAAGGGUUCCGCCACUUAUUAAGCGAUUUCAUUCUGCGGUACGUCGCUCCCUCCAAUGCAAAAGUGUUAUCUAAUGACAUUCUCACCACGUUAGUGGCGCUGAUGGGCUACUACCACAUGACUCGAGAUAUCUGUGACUUGAUUAAGCUGACCUGGGGCAUCGACGAGAACUUCGAGCUCGUGGCGGCGCCAGUGAAGCUCGGACUGCCGCAAUACCCUACCCUCAAAACCCUCGAGGCCAUCGUCGAUGCUUUCAGCUACAACCACGAGUUCUUUGAAGGCAUGAAGUACAUCAACGCCAUCCGCGACCACUACAACAUCGACGUGUCGCUGAGACACGCCCGCAGCUUCUGGGAGACCAUCUUCCACUGGGUCCACGUGCUGACGCGGUACAAACCCGACAUGGCAUUACAACAUUACCUCAAGCACACCAACUCUACCCAGCGUCAUCGUACGCUCGCCGAGGCCCAGGCCGAUGCCUCUUUCGACUACCUGGGCUACUUACAGUACCUUGGGCGGCUAAAGAAGCAACGGGACGACACAUACGCCCACAUUUGGAACAUGUACACGCAAAACCAGGUGCCCGGGGAGCUGGUAUUCUCUGCUGCCGUGGCGAAAAACUACUACUACUACCUUGUCACCAAGCUCAAAGUCGACAACGACCCUACCCCGAUGUACGAGUUUUUACGGUACUUGAGACAAGUGUACGCCAAAGUGCACCAGUCGAAGCACUCAUACAAUCUUCGGGCUGACACUAAGGGUAAGGUGAGAUCGCCGGCGAGAGCCAUCGACCAGGUGUACUCGAUGGCAUUGAUCCAGUUAGUUGAACACAAGGCGCUCACGUUGAAGGUGAACGAGUGUGAGCCGGUGAUUAACAAGUGGAGUCUUAAUAAGGCCAUGCAGCAAAGGUUGAUGAACUGGUACCGGACGCGGAAACUGGCCCACUGGGACCGGGUCGAACGCGAGCGGAUGAAGCACAUUGCCGAGCUCCGUACGGAGAAGGGGGAGGACGAUGGGUUUUUGGAUCUUUUGUAA